GGUGAAGAGGUCGCGCGCUUUAACUUGUUUUUGAGAAAUUUUCUUUGUUUCAUAUAUUUUUUGUUUUUUUUUUUUUUCUUUUCAUUUUAUCAAUAAUUACGCGAAAUGCUUUUGUUUUAUGGUUUGAUAUUGUCAUGCGGUUUGGCGUCAAUGGUGUCAGCUGGCGUCUUUCCGAAUUAUCACGGUCAGUUUGACUUCAUUACUUGGGAUAAGGAGAAGAGUUUGCACGACUAUGAAAGCACAAAGAAAUGGUGGGAAAUUGCUGCAUUUUAUCAAAUUUAUCCAAGGUCAUUUAAGGACAGCAACGGAGACGGUGUGGGAGAUCUAAAAGGUAUAACCGAGCAAUUGCCAUAUUUAAAAGAAAUUGGCAUCAAUGCUACUUGGUUAUCGCCAAUUUUUCCCUCACCCAUGGCUGAUUUUGGUUAUGACAUAUCUAAUUUUACCGAUAUUGAUCCCUUGUUUGGCACUAUGCAAGAUUUUGAAGACAUGGUAGCCAAAGCUAAUGAACUGAAUAUUAAGAUUAUAUUGGAUUUUGUACCGAAUCAUUCAAGCGAUGAAUGCGAAUGGUUUCAGAAAUCUAUCGCUAAAGAUCCAUACUAUAAAGACAUGUAUGUUUGGCAUCCAGGGAAAAUUAUCGAUGGUAAACGACAGCCGCCCACUAAUUGGCGUAGCGUUUUCCGCGGAUCGGCAUGGCAAUGGCAUGAAAAACGUGAAGAGUACUAUUUGCAUCAAUUCGGUAAAAAGCAACCGGAUUUAAAUUAUCGUUUACCGCAAGUUAAAGAAAUGAUGAAGGAAGUGAUGCGCUUUUGGUUAAGGAAAGGUGUGGCUGGAUUUCGCAUUGACUCAGUCGCCCAUGUUUACGAAGUCGCUCCUAAUUCUUUAGGCGAUUGGCCAGACGAACCGCGCAAUAUGGCUGUUAACGAUCCCGACGAUUGGUCUUAUCUUCAGCACACAUAUACCGUCGAUCAGCCGGAAUCAACGCAAUUACUUUAUGAAUGGCGGAAAGUGUUGGAUGAUUUCCAGCAGCAGCAUGGUGGUGAUGAACGUAUUAUUAUGGCAGAAACAUAUUCACCGAUCGAAGUGAUAAUGAAAUAUUAUGGUAAUGAUACUGUUAACGGUGUCCAGAUACCGUUUAACUUUCUUUUAAUCACUUGGUUGACAAAUGCUUCAUCGGCUUAUGAUUAUGCCAAAGCAAUACAUACUUGGCUCGACAACAUGCCAAAUGGAAGGACAGCAAAUUGGGUGCUGGGCAAUCAUGACCAACAUCGUUUAGCUUCUCGUUUGGGCGAGGAUCGUGUGGAUAUGAUGAAUAUAUUGUUGUUAAAUUUACCCGGUUGCAGUGUUACUUAUAUGGGAGAAGAGAUCGGUAUGUCUAAUGUCUGGAUUUCCUGGAAUGACACUGUAGAUCCGUCAGCCUGCAAUUCCAAUCCUAAUAUUUAUGAAAAAUUGUCGCGAGAUCCUGAACGUACACCAUUUCAGUGGAGUGACGAAUAUCAAGCCGGUUUUACGACAGCCAAAAAAACUUGGUUACCGGUAGCUCUAGAUUAUGCAAAAGUUAACGUCAAAGAAGAACGUAAAGUGAAAAUGAGCCAUUUAGAUAUUUACAAGCAAUUACAGGAGUUGCGAAAACAACCUACUUUGCGCCACGGUUUGGCCGAGAUCGCAGCAAUCAAUAACAACGUGUUGGCUGUAAAGCGUUACCUUUUGAAAGAUUAUACUUACGUGACUUUAAUGAAUAUCAAUGAUAACCGAGAAACAAUAAACUUACGCGAAGUCUUUAGUGACCUCCCCGAAGAAAUGAUAUACAUUUUAGUUACUAAACAGUCCGAAAACAAAAUAGGAACGCGCGUACGUAUUUCCAGCGUACAAUUGAAUCCCAAAGAAGCAGUGGUACUAAAGUCUUUGACUCAACUUGCCACCACGGCUGGUUAUUUCGUUUAUUAUAUACAUGAAUCACCAAAAAAUAAAAUCGUUUAAGUA